AUAAAUAAAAAAAAAAGUACCAGUGUAAAGUGUAAGUUGAAAGUUCCGUCUAUUUUUCUUGUUUUGUAUUGUAUUUUAUUUAUAUUAUUUAAACAGUAAAAUAAUUUUACACUACAGAAUGUUACAAAGGGUUGCACCGUAUAAUUUUAAGAUUCUCACUCGACAAAUAACCUGUGUACCAAAGCAUAAACCCCCAGAUCAAAAUGACAUUGAGAAGCUCAAAGACUUCUUGAUUCAUCAGAAGAAACUGCUUGUUCUUACGGGAGCUGGAAUUUCUACAGAAUCUGGCAUACCAGACUACAGAUCUGAAGAAGUUGGGAUGUAUGCUCGGAGCAAUCACAAGCCUAUCCAGUACCAAGAGUUUGUGAAGUAUCCUAGAGUGAGGCAGAGGUAUUGGGCCAGAAAUUUUGUUGGGUGGCCAAGGUUCAGUUCUGUACAGCCAAAUGCAUCACACCAUUCAGUUAGAGAACUGGAAAAGGCAGGUAAAGUAACUGCCAUAGUAACACAGAAUGUGGACCGACUCCAUCAUAAGGCUGGUUCAGAGAAUGUGAUAGAGCUCCAUGGUACUGGCUACAUAGUGAAAUGUCUGAGAUGUCCAUAUGAGAUCAGUAGAGAAGUGCUACAAGAGGAACUAAUGCAGAACAAUCCUGAUAUGGAAAGCAGUUUCUCCAUGAUAAGGCCCGAUGGUGAUGUAGAAUUAUCCAAAGAGCAAGUUGAAAGGUUCAAGACACCUCUGUGCCCAAAAUGUGAAGGUCCUUUGAAACCUGACAUUGUAUUUUUCGGUGAUAAUGUUCCUAAGCUGAGAGUAGAUCAGGUUAGGGCAGCUACUACCAAUAGUGAUGGUAUAUUUGUCCUAGGAUCAACAUUAACUGUUUACUCAAGUUAUAGAAUAAUUUUACAAGCAAAAGAAGAGAAGAAACGUGUUGCUGUGCUCAAUAUAGGACCUACAAGAGCUGAUGACAUUAUAGAUCUUAAAAUAUCUGCAAAAUGUGGUGAUAUACUACCAGAGUUGUGUAAAUCUAUAUUAUGUACCUGAUUUAUUGUAAUUAAUAAGUUAUAAAGUUCUACCUCGUAGUAAUAUAAUUCAAGAGAUGUUAUUUUUAUAAUUGUUGUUAAAAUUAGAAAUAAAAUAAUAUAUUGACAA